AUGUCAAAUGUAUUAAAUGAUUUUGAAAUUCUUAUCAAAGCUUUUGAAAAAGCUAAAAAGAUUGUUGAUGCUGAGGGUAUUCCAAGCUUUUAUAUCCGUUGUUUGAUGGAGCUGGAAGACUUUGUAACUGAAUGUUGGGAUGACAAAGAAGGUCGGAAGCAAAUGAGCAAGAACAAUGCUCGUGGUUUAACAACCCUUCGCCAACGUCUCCGAAGGCACAACAGGGAUUAUGAAAACGAAAUAAAGAAAUAUAGAGAGCAUCCAGACGAAGGUGAAGAAGUAGAGGAAUGUUCGGAUGAAGACAAGUCUGAAUCUGAAAGUGAUGAUGACAUGGUAACACAAUGUGCUUUCUUAAAAAAAGGAGUUAUGGAUUCAGAGGGAAAGGCUGAGGGUUCUUCUUCUGAUGAUGAUGAUGACGAUGACGACAUGCACUGGUCUAAUUGUGAACUCAGUGAAUCCUCAUCUGAUGGAGAUUAUGACAGUGGUAAUGUGGCAUCAAUGUUCUUGAAAAAAACCACUACUGACGGAAUGAAGAAGGAUGAUAAGAGGAAAAAGAAUAAGAAGAAGAAAAAUAAAAUAAUUGAGGAUGAAGAUGAAGGUGAAUGGGAGGAGGUGAAAGGAGGAAUUCCUCUAGUUAUGGAAAAACCCAAAAUGUUCAGUAAAGACACAGAAAUCAAUCACGAGGCUGUCAUGAAAAAACUGACAGAGAUUAUUUCAGCUCGAGGCAAAAAGGCAACUGAUCGUAGUGAAAUGAUUGGCAUUCUGGAAGAACUUCUUGUUGUGUCGGAGAACAACAAACUAGGUCCAGCCAUGGCUUGCAAAAUAAUGUUUUCUAUUAUAGCUGCUAUUUAUGACUACAAUCCUAACAUUGCCACAAAUAUGAAACCAGAACUAUGGCAGAACUGCUUGUCUUAUGUAAUUAAACAACUUGAUCACUUAGUAGAAAAUCCUGACAUUCAGGUCAGUGAGAAUAUCCCAGAAGACAGUGAAAAUGUUGAGACUUCUCCUUAUAGAGUUCGAGGUUGCAUCUUAACUAUUGUAGAGAGAAUGGAUGAAGAAUUUAAAAAGAUGCUGCAAGGAUGUGAUCCUCACAGUACUGAGUAUAUUGAACGGCUUAAGGAUGAGCGUACUGUUUGUGAAAUCAUUGAGAAGCUCCAAUCUUAUUUAGAAAACAACCAAGUUCCAACCAAGGAACUCUGCAGGUGUUACUUAAGAAGAAUUGAACAUAUGUACUACAAGACUGAUGCUGGCAUUAAAUGCAGAGAUACAAUGGACAAAUUAUGCAAGUACAUCUAUGUAAAGGACUCAACUGACCGUCUGAGAACCCAUGCCAUUCUGUACCAUAUUUACUUCCAUGCCAUACAUAAUCGCUGGUAUGAAGCCCGUGACCUCAUGAUGAUGUCUCAUUUGCAAGACAAUAUUCAACAUUCUGACAUACCCACCCAGAUCCAAUACAAUCGUACAAUGGUGCAACUUGGAUUGUGUGCCUUCCGUCAGGGAAUGAUUAAAGACGCCCAUAAUGCUUUGGUUGAUAUCCAGUCAAUUGGACGGGCAAAAGAAUUACUUUCUCAGGGAUUGUUAUUGCAAAGGCAACAUGAACGAACUCCAGAACAAGAACUGAUUGAGAAAAGGCGUCAAAUGCCUUACCACAUGCACAUCAAUCUGGAGUUGCUUGAAUGUGUCUAUUUAGUCUCUGCUAUGUUGAUUGAAAUUCCAUACAUGGCAGCUCAUGAAUUUGAUGCUAGGAGACGUAUGAUCAGCAGAAACUAUCAUAAUCUACUUCGAAACAGUGAGAGACAAACACUGACUGGACCUCCAGAAAGUAUGAGAGAACACAUUGUGGCUGCUUCAAAGGCCAUGAAAACUGGUGACUGGGAAGCUUGUAAAAAUUUUGUCAUCAAUGAAAAGAUGAAUGGAAAGGUUUGGGAUCUGUUUCUGCAGGCAGACAAAGUACGCGCUUUAAUUACCCAGAAGAUUCAAGAGGAAAGUCUGCGUACAUAUUUGUUCACAUACAGCAGUGUAUAUGAUACCCUCAGUAUGGUUACACUCAGUGAGAUGUUUCAGUUGGAGCCAGCAGUUGUCCACUCUAUUAUCAGCAAAAUGAUCAUUAAUGAAGAACUAAUGGCUUCAUUAGAUGAACCAACCCAAACUGUGGUGAUGCAUCGCACAGAGCCCACCCGCCUUCAGUCUUUGGCCCUGCAGUUAGCGGAAAAGGUGGCUAAUCUUGUUGAGAACAAUGAGCGCAUUUUAGAGAAUAAGCCAGCCUUGAACUACUACAAGACCGGAGGCUAUGACGGUAAUCAACAGAUGAAUAGAUGGGGAAGGCGUGAUCAGCAAUGGAAUAAACGUGAUUCCAACAAAUGGGGUAAUCACAAUGAUUAUAAUCAACAAUGGAAUGACAAGAGAGACAAUUGGAAGAAUAGAGAUAGGGAUCAGUGGGGCAACAAGUCUCGACGAGAUAAUCGUGGUUCUCGAUUUAUUCAAUCUAUUUUUUUUUUCUCUCUCUCUCUCUCUCAAAUACCUCAUAUUCUUUUAUACUCCCAUCUGUUUUGA